AUGUUCCGAGCGGCUGCGGCCGGGCCCUACGAUGAGGCCAUCAAUAAGGCCACCGAUGAGAACCAGACGUCCGAGGACUGGGGCGCCAUUAUGGAGAUUUGCGAUCGAGUCGCCGGCGAUGCAAACGGGCCAAAGGAGUCGGUAGCCAGCCUGAUCAAACGCUUAGCGCAUCGCAACGCGAACGUCCAGUUAUACACGCUCGAGGUCGCAAAUGCCCUUUCGCAAAACUGCGGCAAGAAUAUGCACCGCGAGCUGUCAAGCCGCGCCUUUACCGACGCCCUGCUCAAGCUUGCCAACGACCGCAACACACACACUCAAGUCAAAGCGAAAAUCCUCGAACGCAUGAAGGACUGGUCGGACAUGUUCAAGUCGGACCCGGACCUCGGCAUCAUGUACGAUGCAUUCUAUCGCCUCAAGCAAAGCAAUCCGACGCUCCAGCCGCCCAGUGCGCCACAGAAGAACAGCCUUACCGACCAGGAUCGCCAAAAGGAAGAGGACGAGCUUCAGAUUGCGCUCAAGCUGAGCUUGCAGGAGGAGGAGCGGAAGAAGAAACCUGCGCAAGCAGCUCCGGCGGCGGCACCAUCGGGGGCGGGGGGGCCAGCCACGGCGGGACCCGCAACUCAACAGCAACCGGCCGCACCUAUCCAACCCAUGCCUUCCGGCACCACGGCCGCAACCGUAUCCCGCGUCAGGGCCCUUUACGAUUUUGCCCCCUCGGAACCCGGCGAGCUGGAGUUCAAGAAGGGCGACGUCAUUGCUGUACUCGAGAGCGUUUACAAGGAUUGGUGGCGAGGGUCGCUGAAGGGGAAAACAGGCAUCUUCCCCCUCAACUAUGUUGAGAAGCUCACGGACCCCACCCCUGAUGAGCUUCAACGCGAGGCGCAAAUGGAGGCCGAGGUCUUUGCUGAGAUCAAGAACGUUGAGAAGUUGUUGACCUUGUUGAGUGCCAGCAACACCGCUCCGAGAGAGGAGGAUAACGAGGAGAUCUCGAAGUUCAUCAAGGCCAGGAGGGAUUACGAGGCUCUGCUCGAGUCAUCCAUGUCACACCCUCCGGGGCCGACCUACCACCAAUAUGCCAUGCGCCCACAGAUUCCCCAGGGGUAUCCACCCCCCGGACAGAAUUACGGCGCACCCCCUCCGCAGCAACAAGAUGCGCAGCGGUUCUACACCCCGGCGCCUGCUCAAGAGCCAUCCCAAUAUCCUCCGUCUUCCCCUCCCCCUAAUAACUUCCAGCGGCCUGGUCCCGGGGCCACGCCUGCUCCGUUCUAUGUAGCAGGCGCCGAGGUUCCGUCCCAGCAGAACCAAAUACCUCCGCCGACGCCGCAACAGCAGUCCCAGCAACCCCAGCAGCCGCAAUACGCCCAACGGCCAUCGGAACAGCGGGUUCCAUCCGGCGGUAAGCAACCGGCGCCACUGCAGACGUCCUCAUCACCACCACCGGCGAAUCAAUACACGCCCUACCAAGCCCCCCAGUCAUCCGCUCGUCCUCAGAGCACCUAUGGCAGCGGCCCACAGGAACUCUCUACCUCGGUCUACGACUCCCCCAUCGCGCCUCAAAACGCAAACCCCGCUGCGCCGUACCCGCCUUCCGCGUAUGCCACCCCAGACGAAGACCCUUACACCGCUGCCGCAGCAUCCAACUCCAGCGUUCCCACGGCACCAACCGUCCCUCCACCAUCCGUCCCCGCCCCAUCGGCCCCGAGCCCGGAACUCCAACAACCCUCCUACGGCCAGCCCUACUCUGCCUACCACGCUCACCCACCCCAACAGACCCCCUACAGAGCACCGGGAGGAGUAGGAGUAGGAGCCAGCGGAAGCUACGACGCCGCAACCGUCGACGGGCCGCGGCCACACCAACAACAGCCACUCCCGUCGGGGCUGACCAUGUCCCCACCGCCGCUGCAUCCUUCCGGGCCAGCGUAUGACGCGCGCCAGUCACUGCCUAGCAGGGUGGGCGGGCCCUCGGGCCCGGGCAGUGGUGGUGGCGCUCCCGCAAUGGGUGGUGCGCCGCCGCAGCCGCAGUACAAGGCUUAUGUGCCGCCUGGGUCGUCGUCGGCUCCGGGCCUGCCGCCUGCGGAUGACGGACCCACGGCCCCGACGGCCCCGGCCGCGGAGGGGUAUUAUCGCACGGCGGCGUACUGA